CACAGCCAGCCAGAAUGUCUGGGGUCAAGAAACAGAGGACGGACAACCAACAGAAAUCUACCAAUGUAGUGUAUCAGGCCCAUCACGUCAGCAGGAAUAAGAGAGGACAGGUGGUUGGAACGAGGGGUGGAUUCCGAGGAUGUACCGUGUGGCUAACAGGUCUCUCUGGUGCUGGAAAAACAACAGUAAGUUUCGCUCUGGAAGAGUACCUCGUCUCCCAUGCCAUCCCGUGCUAUUCUCUGGAUGGGGACAAUGUCCGUCAUGGCCUUAACAAGAACCUGGGGUUCUCGCCUGGGGACCGAGAAGAAAACAUCCGCCGGAUUGCUGAGGUGGCUAAGCUGUUUGCUGAUGCUGGUCUGGUCUGCAUCACCAGCUUCAUCUCUCCAUUUGCAAAGGAUCGUGAGAAUGCCCGUAAAAUCCACGAAUCAGCAGGACUGCCAUUCUUUGAGAUAUUUGUAGAUGCACCUCUAAAUAUUUGUGAAAGCAGAGAUGUAAAAGGCCUCUACAAACGGGCUCGAGCUGGGGAGAUUAAAGGAUUUACAGGUAUCGAUUCUGAUUAUGAGAAGCCUGAAACUCCUGAGUGUGUGCUUAAAACCAAUUUGUCUUCAGUGAGCGACUGUGUCCAGCAGGUGGUGGAACUUCUACAAGAACAGAACAUCGUACCCCAUGCCACAAUCAGAGGCAUCCAUGAACUCUUUGUGCCAGAAAACAAACUCGAUCAGGUCCGGGCUGAGGCUGAGAAUCUCCCUUCGUUAUCGAUCACCAAGCUGGAUCUCCAGUGGGUCCAGGUGUUGAGUGAAGGCUGGGCCACUCCCCUCAAAGGUUUUAUGCGGGAGAAGGAAUACUUGCAAACUAUACACUUUGACACCCUGCUAGAUGAUGGAGUGAUCAACAUGAGCAUUCCCAUCGUGCUGCCCGUCUCUACGGAUGAUAAGACACGGCUGGAAGGGUGCAGCAAGUUUGUCCUGACACAUGGUGGACAAAGAGUGGCUAUCAUGCAUGACCCUGAGUUCUACGAGCAUAGGAAAGAGGAGCACUGUUCCCGCGUGUGGGGGACCACAUGUUCAAAACAUCCCCAUAUCAAAAUGGUGAUGGAAAGUGGGGAUUGGCUGGUUGGUGGAGACCUUCAGGUGCUGGAGAGAAUAAGAUGGAAUGACGGGCUGGACCAAUACCGUCUGACACCUCUGGAGCUCAAACAGAAAUGUAAAGAAAUGAAUGCUGAUGCAGUGUUUGCCUUCCAGUUGCGCAAUCCCGUCCACAAUGGUCAUGCUCUGUUGAUGCAGGACACUCGUCGCCGGCUCCUGGAGAGGGGCUACAAACACCCAGUUCUCCUGCUCCACCCUCUGGGGGGCUGGACCAAGGAUGAUGAUGUGCCUCUGGACUGGCGGAUGAAACAGCAUGCUGCUGUGCUUGAGGAAGGGGUCCUGGACCCCAAAUCAACCAUUGUUGCUAUCUUUCCAUCUCCUAUGUUAUAUGCCGGCCCCACAGAGGUCCAGUGGCACUGCAGGGCCCGGAUGAUUGCAGGGGCCAACUUCUACAUCGUGGGCAGGGAUCCUGCAGGAAUGCCCCACCCUGAGACCAAGAAGGACCUGUAUGAACCCACUCAUGGGGGGAAGGUCUUGAGCAUGGCCCCUGGCCUCACCUCUGUGGAAAUCAUUCCAUUCCGAGUGGCUGCCUAUAAUAAGGCUAAAAAAGCCAUGGACUUCUAUGAUCCAACAAGGCACAAUGAGUUCGACUUCAUCUCAGGAACCCGUAUGAGGAAACUCGCCAGAGAAGGAGAAAAUCCCCCAGAUGGCUUCAUGGCCCCCAAAGCAUGGAAAGUCCUGACAGAUUAUUACAGGUCCCUGGAGAAGCUCAACUAAAUGCACCUUGGCUCCUAAGUUUCCUUCUGAAAUGCUCUUUGAUUACCUUUUCUAUUUUUGUGAUUAGAUAUUUUGUAUCCAAAUUGCUUCUCAGUGACUGAUUUUAAAGUUAAUAUUUUGUAAAAACGCAAAAACUGUGCCUAUAAUUUAAAGCCAACUUCAUUUUUAUAUAUCAAAGUCAAACUGAAGAUUAAAUAUUAGCAGGUGAAAGCAAUGUUGUUAUACAUUUCAGAAUGAAAUUAGCUGUAUUCUCUACCGUAUCAGAGCACGUAGGUCCCAGAUUUCUAAAGCUUUGACCAUGUGUCUAGUUUACUUGCAAAAAAAGUGAAGCACAUUUUUCAGUUUAAACUUGUCAACCUACAAUCUCAAUAUCAUGUACCAGUGGUAAAACAAAUUGGAUUAACAGCCCCUUCUGUACAACUG